GUACUAGUGGUAUGCUUUAUCACAAGCACAAUCAACUAUGGAUCAAUGGCCGUCCUAGGCUACUUGAUGUUUGGAGAUUACCUCAAGUCUCAAGUGACAUUAAAUCUUCCUAUAGGAAAAAUCAGUAGUAAGAUAGCAAUUUACACCACACUAAUCAAUCCUCUUACCAAGUAUGCAGUUAUAAUUGCUCCUAUUGUCACUGCCAUUGAGGACACGUACCCUUUCCGCAACAUUAACCGAUGUGUUAGCAUCCUAAUUAGAACACUAAUUGUGUUCAGCACUGUAAUUGUGGCUCUAAUCGUCCCCUUUUUUGGCUACGUAAUGGCAUUCAUCGGCGCGUUUCUGAGUGUUACCGUGUCAAUGCUGUUGCCCUGCUUGUUCUACCUUAAGAUUAACAAAGCUGCUCGGAGUUUCGGGUUUGAAUUGACAAUGAUCAUGGGAAUUGUGGUGACGGGGUCUUUUGUUGGUGUAAUUGGUACUUACAUGUCCUUGAAACAAAUUGUAAACCAUCUAUAA